AUCCUCUACAUACUAUUUCCUGAACCUUUUCGAGGACAUCUCCAGGAGCUUAUCCAGCUGUUACGCUGGCAUAUUCUUCCUGGGCCGAGAUCGUCUCCUCCAACUGAUGUGCAUGCAUUAGGUGCAUUUGUUCCAAGUGCCCGCCAGAUACCGUAGCUGACGCGAAUCGUUGUGAAGCUUUGGUGGUGUGUGCUCUGAAACGGAUCGGCUCGCCAUUGGAAGUGAAUCCUUUUUGUAUGCUAUCAAGGAGAUGGAUCAAGAGGUUCCUCUUCCUCCAUUACGGAGCAUACGUCACAGAUCGCCCGCCAAAGCUCCCGAGCACCCAUUUCGUAAACCCAAAAGACUUUCAUCCCGACUUAGUCAAUCCAGCCUCCCGUCCAGUGACCCGGCACUCUUUUCAAGCGACGACAUCCCAUCAUCGUCAUUGGAGAACUAUUAUGGACAGCAACUCGAGCAUUCCCGAAAGCGACGCUACCGUGGCACGUGGUGGGGGGAGAUGGCCAAGGAUGCGAAACGGAAAAGAGCUGAUUUUAAAGAGAAGAGGAAUUUAGACAGUGGUGUGUGGAUGGGAAGUGAUGAGUCUUCGUCUGAUUGUCUCCUGUCUUCGGAAGCUUCGUCAUGUGAAGAUUUCAUUGCGCGUGCAUGGGCUGGAAACGAGGAAGGAGAGCUCAAACUACCACACUGGAAUACUGAGAGUAUCAAAAACGAGACUGGCCAGGUAGCCGGUCCAGUCUUUGCCGCUCGAAACAUACAGAGUACAGAUGAGUCGCAAGAGCACAGAAAUGCUCGACGAAUGGUCAAUGACUGUCUCGACAAAGGCCAGGAGAGUGUUGAUCUGAGUAACUUCGGUCUAAAGAGUAUCCCGACGGAUUUGCUCCGACCCCUUGUACACCUAACGAAGCAACCGGCAGUAGCGGAUGGACCCGUCACCGAUGAAGUAUUCACAUCAUUGACGCCUGCUCUUCGACUUUUCCUGGCGGGUAAUCACCUAACGGAGCUGACAUCUGAAUUAUUUGAGUUGGGCAAUUUGAAUGUUCUAAGUGUGCGGAACAACGAGCUUGUCGAAAUCCCCGGGGCUAUUCGCAAGCUGACGAAUCUACAAGAGGUCAACCUCUCUGUGAAUCAGCUGACUACGCUACCUUGGGAAGUACUGUGGCUAAUACGAAAGGGGGAUCUGAAACAAUUGACUAUCCAUCCUAAUCCUUUCAUGUCUCUUGAAGAAGCGGCAGCAGAUAUUGAGCAUUGGCACCAUGGGGAUGGACCAGAGGACGAUCUUCGAUCUUGUGAAUAUGAAGGACCGGCGCCGGAAGAUGCAUGGGCACCUAUUCACAUUGCCACAAGCCGCGUGCAACGUUUCGAUGCAGAGGGCAAGCCCGUCCUGAACACUAAAUCAUCCGGCAAGUUCCAGGAUCCUUCGCACAAGAGUCCAAGAAGCAGAGUUCCAUCCCUACGUGAACUAGCGCUCCUCGAAUGCAGCAAAGCUCCGUAUCUAGACCAAUUCCUCGCCGGCGACGCAACCUCGGUAGAAUACCCAGAACCUGUGAUUCGGUUGUUACGAAAGGCGGUUUCUGUCCGAAAUGCUGGUGGCAUGUCUUGCUCUGUGUGUCAUCGCAGUUUUGUGAUUCCGCGCACAGAAUGGAUUGAAUGGUGGGAUUGUGCUACGUACGAGAAUGGAUUGAAAUUCCCACGUGCAUCAGGUGCGGAAUUGCGUCCAUUGCCAUUCUUGCGCAGGGGUUGUAGUUGGGGAUGCGUUCCUCAAGUGGACGAGUCAUAACAACAGACACGUUGUUUCGUGAAAACAAUUUGGGGUAUUUCCUUACAUAUAUUUUUGGCAUUGAUUACAUAAUAGAUAGCAAUACCCAGUAUCUGUAUGUUCGCAUACAAGAGGAAAAGACACUAUGCAGCUUUCUUACUCUGUUCCCUCAACCCGGGUGCCGUACCAGACUUGCUCUCAAUAUUCGAAGCCCACAACGCCGCACCAACGGUAUUCGUGCAUGCGAAUAUGAACGAAGCGAACGGAACCAUUUCCAGGACGGAAGACGCAACA